AUGGGAGGUUUCAAAGGAAUCAUCGCCGCCGCUCUGCUUGGUAGCGUGGCGGCCCAUGUCGUACAACAGCCGCUGGUAGAUUCCGAAGCGAAGGGUCUUGGCAAGCCGCUGGUCGACAGCAAGAAGCUGGAGUCAAGCAUCGAUGGCAAGACGCUCUCGGCGAGAGCCGAAGAUCUCUACAAGCUCGCAGAGCUCAGUUGGCAUGAAUACAAUCGACCAACCAGAGUUAUAGGCUCUGCCGGCCAUAAAGCAACUCUGGAGUACAUUUGGUCCCAGCUUGCUCAACUCGGCGACUAUUACACCCUCUCAGACCAGUCAUUUCCCGCCUUCUCUGGCAGUGUGUAUGAGUCGAGAUUGGUCAUCGGUUCAGAUGUCAUCCAGAAUGCGUCGGCCAUGAGCCUGACGCCACCUACAAAGGACAAGGAGCCUGUCCAUGGAGACCUCAUUCUCGUCAACGAGAGUGGAUGCUCUGCUUCGGACUACCCACCCAGUGUCAAGGGCAACAUUGCCUUCAUCCAGCGUGGUACAUGCUCUUUUGGCGACAAGAGUGCAAAUUCUGGUAGAGCUGGCGCGAUCGCUGCCGUUGUCUACAACACCGAGAGCGGACCUCUUCACGGUACCAUGGGCACUCCCAGCGAAGACCACGUCGCAACCUUUGGCAUUUCUCGAGAGGAAGCAGAGUCCUACUUGAAGGAACUGAAGAAGGGCAAGCAUGUUGAUGCUAUUGCAUACAUUGAUGCUUUCGUUUCAACAAUUGUUUCCUCCAACAUCGUCGCUCAGACGGCAGAGGGUGAUCCCGAAAACUGCGUAAUGCUCGGUGCUCACUCAGACUCCGUGCCUGAAGGACCAGGCAUCAACGACGAUGGAUCUGGAACGCUCUCCCUUCUCGAGGUCGCCAAGCAGUUGACCAAAUAUAGCGUCAACAACUGCGUGCGCUUUGCCUGGUGGGCAGCUGAAGAGGAAGGUCUUGUCGGGAGCGACUUCUACGCCGCCUCCCUCUCUCCAGAAGAGAACAAGAAAGUUCGACUAUUCAUGGACUAUGACAUGAUGGGCUCGCCGAAUUUCGCCUACCAAAUCUACAAUGCUACCAACGAGGACUCCCCAGUAGGCUCCGAAGAGCUUCGCGAUUUGUACGUGGACUGGUACGAAGCCAAGGGCCUCAACUAUACUUUCAUCCCCUUUGAUGGGCGAUCCGACUACGACGGCUUCAUUCGAGCAGGCAUCCCAGCAGGCGGUAUUGCCACAGGCGCCGAGGGCAUCAAGACGAAGAAAGAAGCCGAGAUGUUCGGAGGUAAAGCUGGCGACUGGUAUGAUCCUUGCUACCAUCAGCUCUGCGAUGAUGUUGGAAAUGUUAAUGUCACGGCCUGGGUGGUGAAUACUCAGCUCAUCGCGCACUCUGUGGCUACCUACGCUCGAUCGUUUGAUGGCUUCCCGAACAGGACGGACGCUAAAGCUGCAGGCGUUUCGCUGUAUGAGCAGAACACGAAGCAUCAUGGAAGUGCUUUGUACAUUUGA